GCCAGAAUUGGCUAGUACAAUAGAAAACGAGGUUAAAAAAAGAAAGAAAGAAAGAAACAAAGACAGAAACAAAUAAAGGAAGAGGGAAAAUGCUGGCAUCCUUGAUAAGAACACUGCGGUAGAACCCACUUGCUGCAAGGGGAGGCUAGCAAGGAUCUGGCCUGAUUUCACAAUUUUCACACCUUAUAGUGAACAAAGUCUCUGAAAAUCCUUUAUGUAAUAGCUAUCAUCACCAACUUUCUCUCGCACCAUUCACCUCAGCCUUGGGCAACCAUUAUACAGUUUCUGCUCCAUGGAGUUUUCUAUUCUGGGCACUUCAGGUAAAUGGCAGAACUAGAAAAGAUCAUCCUGAUUGUGGUAACCCGGACUUAGAAAGACAAACAUGGAUGUGCAGGGAUCAAGAGGGAACAGAAAUUGAGGGAAUAGCCAACCAAUGACUGACCCAACUUGAGACCCAUGACAUGGGAAAGAGCCCACUCCAACCUAGCAUUGAUACUCUGCUGUAAUUGCAGACAGGAGUCUAGCAUAACUGUCCUGGGAGAGGCUUCAUCCAACAACUAAUGGAAACACAUGCAAAGACCCACAGCCUAAUAUUAGGUAGAACUUGAGGAAUCUCGUGGAAGAGGGGGAGGAAGGAUUGACGAACCCAGAGAGGUCAAGGAUACCACAAGAAAACUACAGAAUUAACUAACCUGGGCCUACAAGAGCUCACAGCAACUGAACCAUCAACCAAAGAGUAUGCAUGGGAUGGACCUAGGUCCCUUACACAUAUGUGACAGCUGUGCAGUUUGGUCUUCAUGUGAGACUCCUAACAGCAUGAGCAGGGGGCUAUCCCUGAUUCUGUUGCCUGCCUUUGGACCCUUCCUCCUAACUGGGCUGCCUUGUCUAGCCUCAGAAGAAGAAGGUGCACCACCCAGUCCUACUGCAAUUUAGAUGCCAAGUAAAUGGAUUCCACAUCUUUAUUGCCAACACAUUUAGAUGUGGAUUUGACAGUUUUGCAUAUUGAGUGUCUUCCUAAGGAUAUUCUUGUGAAAUUUCAAGGCAAAAAUAAUAGUGAGUGUCAGUUUGACUAUCACAUAUUGCAGAGGGAAAUACAGUACAUCCCCAAAGUGAAGAAUAAUGUGGACAUUGAUGAGUUUUGCUUGGUGGAGGAAAGAGGGACUGGAGAAUGGCAGAGAGGAAGAGUCAUGGGAAAGAAGAAUGAAGUCUAUAAUGUGCUGCUUAUUGAUCGGGGAGACGAGCUGACAGUUGAUAGUACUCGCGUAGCCUCUGCUUGCAAAAAAUUAUUUGAGCUCCCUCCCAGAGUCAUAUUUGGCAUUUUUGCCAACAUACUCCCAGUUGGAGAGAAAUGGUCUCCCAAAGCUUUGAAUUAUUUCAAGUCACUGGUAGGAAUGCAGGUGAAAGGCAAUAUGCAAACUGUUUUGCCUCUUCAAAUGAUUCUUCUUGAGGCACCUAAAGUUAUAGCUGGGGUUCUUGAAUUACAAUUAGGAAGAUUUAUUGACAGGGAUACAUUUCGUCUUGUUGUCAAAAUAUUAAAGGAAAUCCCCCAGCCAAUGCUAGACUUACAACAACAUAAAAGUCCUGAGUUGCCAUCAAGUAGCAAGAGCACUUUACUUGAUAUUCAGUAUGUCCUAGAUAAUUUCCAGCCGUCUUUACCAGUGGGAAGUUUGGACAGCAUCAAAGUGUCAUCUGCAGUGAGUCCCAGUAAAUUUUAUUGUCAAUUACUUAAGCAGAUUCCAGAGCUAGAAGACCUGACAAAGCGUAUGAAUUUGCAUUACAACAACACAAUGGUCUGUCAAGAAACCAGCCCCGAGUGUGACAAUUUUGGACUCCUGUGCAUUGCUAAAGGGACAAACGGGCGGUGGCAAAGAGGAAUUCUCCAGCAGGUCUUGCCUGAUAAUCAAGUGAAAAUCUGGUUCAUGGAUUAUGGUGGCAGUGAGUCUGUACCCUCUGUCCACAUGAGGAAACUGAAGCAGGAUUUUAUCCUUGCACCGCCAUUCUCGUUCCCGUGCUCGCUGACCUAUUUACACAGUUCAGACCAAGAAGUAAGGAAACAACAACUGGCCAUAUUUAAGCAAGCCCUUUUGGGGCACGUAGUGUAUGCCUGCAUUGACUGGUUCAGUGAGGAUGAACGUCUGUAUUAUGUGACUUUACAGUCUCAAGAAUCUGCAGCUAAUUCUAAGUGUCUGCCGAGGAUGUGGGGCACACAGAUACAUUGUCCAGCAUCUGAGUCCGACGUUUCUGGUACCGUGGAUGAUGCGGGCACUUACAGAACAGACAGCUUUGCAGUUGAUUUUGAGCAGUCAGUGGGUGAACUAAAUGAAAAGGAUGACCUAAAAGCAGCUUUUCCCAUUAAAACUGUAAAAAUGGAGGUUGAAUCUACCUACAUAGCAUUUGUAGUGAAUGUAUUGAACCCAUCCAAUUUCUGGGUACGGAUUAAUAAGUACCAGAGCAAAUUUCAAGACUUAAUGAGAACUAUAAAUAAGUUUUAUAAUGCACCUGAAAAUAAUGAACUAACUCUGAGACACCCUGGACCUGGACUAUUGUGUUGUGCCAGAUAUAGUAAGGAUAGAUGUUUCUACCGAGCCAUCAUCACUGAAGUGAAUGACUAUCAGAUUAAUGUUUACCUCCUGGACUAUGGAAGUACUGACUCUAUACCAUUUUUUGAUGUAAAAAUUUUGCUUCCAGCAUUUCGUGAGUUGCCUCCUCUAGCCGUGCACUGUUCACUGGCACAUAUAGCUCCAGUGACAGAUGUGUGGAUCAAGGUAGCAACAGAUUAUUUUAAAAAAAUCAUUUUGAACAAAGCAAUUUUGCUUCAAGUUAUAGCAAAAAGAGACGACAAGUACAUGGUGAACAUUCAGAAUAUUGAAGCUCCUGAGAAUACUGAUGUUGUCUCUCUGAUGCUACGAGCUGGAUAUGCAGAACCUGCAGAGGUAGCAUUGGGUUUCCACAGAUUUGUAAGAGACCGUGCAGUUUUAAAGCUAAAUACACUUCAUGAGAAAAGUGCUGUGACCUCUGUCCCUGUCAAAAGACCUGAGCCUGAGAGGUAUAAUUCCAACAAGCUGAAAGAAAACAUCUCAUCUUUGUGCAGGUACCUGGAUUUAAAAGUUUCUUUCAACUUGGUUUUUGAACCCGACUCACCACAACCUUAUAAGGAAUAUGUGUUCAAACCAGGAAAGCUUCUUGAAGUCAACUGCUCCUACUAUCAUGGCCCUGGUGACUUUUCAUGCCAGCUUCAGUGUAAGUUAGGAGAUUUAAAGCUACUGAUGGAACAAAUUCAAGAUUAUUAUAACAUCUACCCAGAGCCAUAUCAGACUGGGAAGGUAGCUUGUGUUGCUAAGCAUUCCAGAGACGGGAAGUGGUACAGGGCUGCUAUCUUGACUCAAGCCUCAGAACAAGAAGUUGAAGUAAUAUUUGUUGACUAUGGCAAUCGAGAGCGAGUGUUCAUUAAAGAUCUUUGUGCUAUGAACCCUCAUUUUCUUGCUCUAGAAGCCCAGGCUUUCAGAUGCUGCCUCAACUAUCUAGUUGAGCCCAUUAGCUGUAAACUAUUAGACUGGACAGCAGAAGCAUCCAGAGACUUUGGAAAUUUCAUUUCUUCAUGUGGAGGCUUACUUACCUGUACUGUGUAUGCCUUAGUUCUCAUACACCCCAGAUGCUUACGUAAUUUAGUGGAUUUACAAUCACCAUUUACCAGUGCAAAUGAAUUUCUCCUUAGCCGUGGCUCCACCCACCACAGAGUAUUAUCAAGGCCACUCCCAUUCUCAAUUAGUCUUUACAGUUACUAUUACUCUUCCUUUAAUAUAAAGAUUGGCAGUGAAGAAGAUGUAUAUAUAUCUCAUGUGUAUAGUCCCAAAAGGUUCUAUUGCCAGCUUUGUAGAAACAGCAAAGAUUUAGAGAUGCUGGAGACAAGAAUCACAGAGAUGAUUAACCUAAAAAUGUGCUCAAAAUGUGACUGGAACAGAAUGAGACUGUGCAUCUCGAAGUACAUAGAGGAUGGGCUCUCGUAUAGAGCCUUGGUGAAGCCAACAGUGUCGUCAUCUGACACUUGCGUUUAUUUUGUGGACUAUGGGAAUGAGCAAUUGGUCGAAGAAAAUAUGCUGUGUGCCAUUUCUGACCAGUUUCCCGAGCUGCUGUUUACACCUAUGCAAGCGAUUCAGUGUUUUCUAUCAGAUCUUGGAGAUAUCGAUAUUCCAGGAGAAAUCAAUAGAUGGUUUGAAGACAAUUUCUUAGGGAAACCAUUAAAAGCUGUAGUACUGUCUAGGGAAUCAGAUGGGCAGCUUGGUAUAGACUUAUAUGAUGGGUAUCAACAUAUAAAUCAGACAAUAAAAUUGCUACUUAAUGUUUAUGGAGAAAAACAUUCUAAACAAGCUUGGCAUGUGGGAAAGAAUCAGAGGUUAAACCAGGUAUCCGCUGCUGCUUUGAAAGAAAACACAGAAAGCAACCGUUGCCAAAAUGCAAUAAAUAAAACUAGCCUAGCAACACAGUCAGCAAACAAAACAGAUCAAUUGAUGCAUCCCCAAAGCAUAUACAGCAGGAGUUUGAAAUCAUCAGUUUGUUGUAAAGUUGAACCCAUGCCAAAAGGCAAACUGAAGAAGUCCUCGAAGGAUAGACUUAAAAAUAUAAAAUUUGCCCCUGGGUCUGCACGCAUUCCUGAAGACAGUAACAUGGGUCCCAACUCAGGAGAGAGGGUAUCAAAAUUAUUUACCAAAUAUUUAAAUCAAUCAGCUUCUCAAAAUCUUCUCCUUAUUAGACCUCCGAUCUCAAAAAUUAUUCAACCCUGCAUUGACUUGAGUACCCAGGUUAAGGGAUCUGCACCCACUAUCCGCCAUCCAGCCAAUUUUCAUAAGGGGUGUACUGGGAAUGGAAACAAAGCAAUGGGAUGCACCCUUGCUCUAAACAAAAAGACAGAUUCUCAGAAAAAAGGGAAUUGUCUGAGCCCUCUGGUGAGAGAUCACGUAGAAUACGCUAAUGACCAUGUCAUGUCCAGAGAUGUUUCUAAGGAUGUGUUGCCUGAAGAAGGGUCCUUUGAAGUGGAAGUUUUUGAUCAUGGUAAUACUGCCAUAGUAAAUGGAUCUAAAGUUUACUCUAUUAACAGGGAACUCUUAACUAUCCCCCGGCUGGGAAUUGGUUCUUUUCUUCAUAGGAUAAGAUGGGAUGGGCCCAUUGAAAUAUGUAAAAGCCGAAUUGCAGAUUAUUUUGCCUCAGGAGUAAUUAACAGAAUAGUUUUUUGUGAAUUUUGGGAGACACAUGAUCAAAAGUGGGAAGUAAAUAUAACCUGUGGUGAUAAAUGUGUCGUCAAGAAAUUGCUGAGGUGGCCACCAUGUCCUAAACAGCAGAAGACAGCAUUGGAGAUGCCUCGGGUCAUCACUCACCAAGUUAGUACCCAUGGAGCCAACAACGAGAAGACAGGAAGAAAAAAUAGGUGUGGAGGUUCCACGGUCUUUUACCCAUUCUCCCAACAGCUGGGUGAAAUUCCUUCUGAACUGUUCAGACUUGGGCAGCUUGAAAACAACAAAAUGAUUUACAUUUCUGAGACUGGGGAAUUUCAUGUGAUGUUACCAAAAAAUCAGAAAACAUCAGAUUUAGCAUUAUUAAUUAUUACAGAAGAUAAAAAUUCCUCUUUGUUAUCAAUGGAUGAUAUUCAAAGGGGGUUACAAUUCUUGGCAGCAUCUAAAAGAAAUUUAAUGUGGAACCAGCCCAAAACAGUUGAGCAGUGGAUGGACGAGAAAGUACUUGCUUUUUUAGAUCAUGGGCAGCGAGCAGUGGUGCCCAUAAAUAAUGCCAAAGUACCUAGUGGUGAGAUCAUGUGUAGUCCACGACAAGGAGUACCUUGUAAAUGGAUUUGGUUUACACAUUCUACUCUUGAAUGCAUUGUGUGUUUAUUUGCUCAUUUGGAAACGAGCAACCUUUAUCUGAAAUAUUUAGACUAUGCUUGGGAAGUGGACAUUUUGUUGGAUGGCAUGUUGCUUUGGGGGUAUUUAAAUGUAACUACAUCUCAGGUGGACGAACGAAGAAAACAGCCAUCUGCAGGUACUGUUUUGGGUCUGGAGCCCCCGGCACUUUUGUCACCAAGUGCAAUCCGGCCCUUUGUUUGGGCGCCACUCCAAAAUGGUAAACGGUAUUCUGGCAUUGCCACUGCUGUGUGUGACCCCUCAGACUUCUGUGUGCAGUUAGAGGAUUUCUUUGAUGUAAUGAAGUACCUCUUUACCUUGCUUUCAGAUGUACCAGAGCCCUUGCAAGCAUUGCCUCUGGAGCACAUGAUUCCUGGUUCUAGUUGCUUGUUCAAAAGUGAGUUGGAAGAUCAGUGGAACAGAGCGGAAAUAUCUGAAGUUUCGGAUCAAUCUUUACAGCUCAUUUUGGUUGACUAUGGACUUUUUGUUUGUGUACCUUUUUCAGAAGCAAUGAACCUUAAAUCUGUACCUCAGAAAAUUAUGAACUUGCCGAGGCUGAGCUAUCCAUGUAGGCUCUAUGGUGUCUUGCCUGCUACAGGGAAACUGUGGAAUAAGGAAGUCAGACAGUUUUUUCAAGAUUUCCUAAGCAAACCAGGAUUAGUUUUUCAGUUUAGGGAGUAUGGUCCUGGAGCAAUAUCAGAAGUGGAUGUCUUUCAUGAGAAUGACAGUGUUUCAGAUAUGCUAGUGGCUUCUGGUCUUGCCAUUCAUCCUAAGGAUUCAGCCCAUCCUGAUGGAAUUAUUGCUACUGGAUGUAUGAAAGCCUUGCAUAAACUACAGAGCCAAACCAUCUGUUCACUGUUGGACAAACAUUGUUACAAAAAAGAAAAUGCUAAUUACAGCACUAACAAACAAAAGCUACAGAGGAAGAAACCUAUGAAGAGGAGAAACGUCUCUAGGCACCUCUUAAGGAAAAGCCAUGCUAGCAAAAAAUUACACUCUGGAAAUUUAAAACUGAGAAGAAAAAUUGUUAGUGGGAAACUUAACUUCCAAAGUACAGUUCUGUUGGAGAUAUGUGUAGCAUCUAUGUCUGGAAGAGUACCUGAUCCUUUAGAGAACAAUACAGGCUGCUUCGGAAACAUUUUUGAAAACCUAUCAACUGAAGGAUUCCAGGAAAAGCAUAACACAAUGGACUUAAAAGAAGUGGGUGUUAAUGAAAAAAUUGCAGUAGAACACUUGAAAAGUCCUCAGAAGAAAUGUACUUGAGGAGCAUCAUGGAGUCCAAUAUGCACCUGGACCUGACUUAUUUUUUUAUUCUAAAUGAUUCUAAUGAAUCAAUUUACGUAUUUAGAUAGCUUUGGGCCAGGGUCCUAUCUAUAUACUUCAGGCUUUCCUUGGACCUCUGGUCACAAAAUGUUGAUCGUCAGUCUCUACCUCUUGAAUGCUGGGAUUACAAGUAUGUGCCACCAUGCUGGAGUAGACUUGAGUUAGUUGAUGAAAACCAAGACUUUAUCCUAAUGCUAGACUGAAAUGACACUCUUGGGACUGAGUGCUAUAAAGUAUGUUUAUAAAGGAUGUGGUCUUUUCUUCAGCAGGCAGGUUGUAUCUUCCAAGGAUUUUUCAGUCUUGUCCACCUUAUUUAUUCUUACUCAGCAUGACCUGUCUACUCCCCCUCAGAAGCUAGAAUGUUGUUUUCUUUCCCUUGGACAUGGGGAGGCUCAUGACUGCUUUGACUAAUGGUAUAGUGGGUAGGAGUAAUGCUAUGUAACUCCACAAGUCUGGGUCCUAAAUGAUCCAGAUUUUUGCCUUAUUUUCUGGAGUAUUUGCACCUGAUACUGUGGAUCAUUGUUUGAGAAACACAACUACUGGACAUAGCCAAACUCUGGCAAACCCAAGUCACAUGGGUACAGGGGCUUUAGUCAAGAGAACAAGCCCCAAACAGUUGUAAUUCCCCCUCAUUGAGGCCGUGAGCAUUCUGUGAUACACACCAGCUCCAUUCUGCCCAUUCCCAAGAUACAGCGUCCAUGAACUUCCAUAUCCGAAUCUUUGAGGUAGUAAAUGGACCAAGUGGGUGACUGAUAAACCUCUGAUGAUUCAUUAGCUCUCUUCUCACAGUAAUAUGAAGAGACUUGGUAAUGAAUAAAAUAUGAGCUUCAGGGGAAGGCUUGUGACAGCACUUUUAGCUGCUUGGUGGUUGUCUUGCUUCCCUGCUUAACUUUGAGAUAGUAAGUCUGGUGCCUGUCUAAGCUCCUGACAGCUGAUGCACAACUGUGUACUAGUUUGCACUGUUUUAUUGUUUUAUUUGUUUUAUUUCAUUUGAUUGGCUUUGUGUUCUCUUACUCUGUUAAAAAAGAAUUCAAUAAAUGUGAUUGUUUCAA